AUGAUGAGUGUAGUGGGCUGGCUGCUUCUUUUCUCCUCCACCAUGGUGCCGGUGGUCUCCCAGAAGCCCCCAGGUCUCAGCGUGGGCGUGAUCGUGGCCGAGACGCGCCCUGUCAUGGAUGAAGACCUGCGCCCCAUUCGCAGCCCGGAUGCUGCUCUGGACGUUUCCGUGGUAGUCCACCGCAUGAACCAAACUGACCCCAAAACGGUCAUCACAGAGGUCUGUGAGCUCUUGUCUCGGACGCGGCUUCAUGGAAUUGUAUUUGCGGACGGCACGGACCAGGAAGCCAUCGCUCAAAUCCUGGACUUCCUGUCAGUGCAGACCCAGCUGCCCGUGCUGGGGGUCCACGGGGGCUCCUCCAUGAUCAUGGCCGACAAGUGUUUUGGUCCUGUAUGGAGCCUCCACUGCGAGCCACGGAGGAAGUCCCCACAUGACUCGACCGUUUGUGUGCAUGCUCGCACUGUCCUCAGCAACACACUCCGCCGUAAAUGA